GGGGACUCGUACCUGCCGCGUCCCGGCCCGGACGGGAGACGCCACAAGCAGCCCCGCGCAUGCGCGGCAACGGCUGCAGGCGCACGCGCACUCGGAAGGCUGCGCAUGCGCGGAGCAACGCGGGAAAACCGUCCUGACAACGGUUUGUGCUCCCAGCGGUGGGUGCGUGGGGAGCUCUGCGGCCAUGAAGCGUCAUCUUGCUCCUGCCAGUAAGGCAAGAAAAUCAGUUGGAGAGGGAGCAGCAAGAUCCAAGAGUAAAUUACGACAGCCCUCAGAAACUGUCAGCAAAAGAAAAGGAACAGAUGGAGGAAAAAGGAAACGGACACAAGAGGGAGAGGUCAAACAGACAGCCAAGAAGAGAGGAAAGCAAUACAGGGAGCAGUCCCCUGAAGCAGAAAUGGCAUCUGGGAAAACAAAAAGGGUGAAAAAGGCCACUAGCAAAACAGCAGAUUGGCAGCCUCUUUCAGAAAGCAGCAGGGAGAUCUUGGACUCCAUGAUGGACUCAGUAAUACUAUCUAUUCUGAGUCAGGAACUAAUAGCAAAAGAAGAUAUUCAAAAGCAUCUCGACCUCUUGAAAGAAAGGCUACAGAGACAUUUCAAGAACCUAAAGGUGCCUUCGGGGAAGCUCGGCAACUUGAAAAAUGUAGUGAACCUCAAGGUGCAGGAAAAACAGAAGCUCGCAUCCAAUGAAGAGUCGUUGGCCUUACUGAAGGAAGAAAUUGAGAAAGCUGUGCAAGCAGCAGAGCACACAGAUGAGAAUAUUCAGAGUCUGCAGGACAAAAUUCGGAUGCUCCGGAAUGAGUUAGAGGAAGAGGAAAACAAGGCUAAAAUGGUUUUCCAGGGAAGUGGCAGAGGGGUGCUCAACCUCCCAGAGCUACCAACGAACAGUCUGGAGGCACCUAUUCUGCAGGAGGAGAUUUUGAAGAUCCCAAACCAGACAGGAGUUUUGCAGAACUUGAAUACCAUCCAGCGCUCAGCUGAGAUGAGGAACAUGUUGAGUCUCCUUAAACAGGCCUAUGAAAAAGUGGACUCCCUUUGAGGAACCCAUACACUGAAGUCUGCCUUUAAGACAACUUUAUCUUGUGCUAAGAAAUGCUGUUCCUGUAACAAUGUUUUUGCUCCUAAGGACUUAACUUGUAUGGUAACUAGGUGUCUUAGUCAAACUUUUAUCAGAUAAAUAUUGGAAAAAUAUGUUGACAGACGCUCAGUGGAACGGCAGUGAUAUGCGGCAUUCCCAUUGGAAUAAGAUAAGCAGAACUGAUCUGUCCAUGUAGACAUUUACAGUGUAUAUGUUGCCUUUAUUAAUACAACAGAGUUAAAACUCACAUUUACCUUUUUGGAAAGCCUUUUUUUUUCUUUAGAGAACUAUCUUGAGAAGUGACGGACAAACAGCAGGUUUCACUAGCUCUUAAUAUUCUUUUUUUUGUAAUAUUUUUCCUUUUUGGGCGAGGACUUCUGUCUCAUUGUAUCAGACCUCUCCUGUCAGGGCUGUAAAUUUACCAUUUCAUAGGAACCUCACAUUCACUUCAAACAGGAUUUAAUGCUCCCCUUUUAAGGUGAACCAUGUAAUUGAUAUAUAUUUUUAAUGAGUAGUUGCUAAUCCACAAUAAAUGUCCUUUUUUCAAACAAAA